UGUAGACACAUUUCGAUGGAUCUGCUGCUGAAGUAACUUUGUGGCAAGGAGCAAUUGCUAAGGAGCAAUUGCAGGUCUGCGUUUUAGCGAGUAAUGCAUUUCCAGGAGUGGUUACGUUCACUUCGCUCCAGCGCUGGCGUCAAAGGUUCUGAAUCGGAAACCUUCUGGAGUAUUUUGCCGUCUCUGCCCCUGUCCUCCUUCUCCCUGUCCUCCUUCUCCCUGUCCUCCUUCUCCCUGUCCUCCCUGUCUCUGUCGCCCUCCUCUCUGCUGGGUCUAGGAGCCCUGGCCUCUCUCACCGCGUACUGGCUGGUGACACGACCUCGACCCAUGCGUCCUCCCUGCGAUCUGCAAGCCCAGUCUGUGGCUGUUAAUGGAGAUCCCAGCUGCAGGCGAUCGGCUCUUCUUAAAGAUGACUCGCUGCUGGAGUUUUACUACGAUGACACCAGGACGGCCUUUGACAUGUUCCAGAGAGGACUGAGGAUCACAGGAAGCGGCCCGUGUCUGGGCUUCAGAAAGCCGGGACAGCCCUACCAGUGGAUCUCCUACACUGAGGUGGCUGAGCAGGCGCAGGUGCUGGGCUCUGGGCUGUUGGCCAAAGGCUGCCAGCCGAACCCGCAGCAAUUUGUUGGGAUAUUUGCACAAAACAGACCAGAGUGGAUCAUCUCGGAGCUGGCCUGCUACACGUACUCCAUGGCGGUGGUGCCUCUGUAUGACACACUGGGGCUGGAGGCCAUGGUCCACAUACUCAACCUGGCGGAGAUCUCUCUGGUGAUCUGCGACCGGGAGGAGAAGGCUGCAGCUUUGUUGGAGAACAAGGAGACGGGCGUGACUCCAAAGCUCUCCUGCUUGGUUCUCUUCCACGAUUUCAGCAACGCGUUUGUUGAGAGGGCAAUGAACUGCGAGGUGGAGGUUUUGAAACUGGAGCAGCUCAUGGACCUGGGAAGGCAGAACCUCAAAGAUCCUGUGCCGCCCCAGCCUCAGGACCUGGCCGUGGUUUGCUUCACCAGUGGAACCACAGGGAAGCCCAAGGGAGCCAUGAUCACCCACGGCAACAUCGCCUCCAACACUUCCUCUGUCAUUAAGAUCCUGGAGGGUUCGUUUGUGAUCCGACAAGAGGAUGUGUCGAUCUCUUACCUGCCGCUUGCCCACAUGUUUGAGAGGAUGAUUCAGGUCUCUAUGUUCUGCCACGGGGCCAGAGUAGGAUUCUACCAAGGUGACAUUUCUCUUCUCAUGGAUGACAUUAAAACUCUCAAACCUACCUUCUUUCCUGUUGUGCCUCGUUUACUCAAUCGUAUCUAUGACAAGAUCCUGGGUUCUGUGACCUCUCCGUUACGACGGGCUUUGCUUCACUACGCCGUGAGGAGAAAGCAGGCUGAGCUCAGCAGUGGCGUCGUACGCAACAACAGUCUGUGGGACAAACUGGUGUUCAACAGGAUUCAGGCCAGUUUAGGAGGUAAUCUGCGGUUCGCCCUGACCGCUUCAGCACCCAUCUCCCCCACUGUGCUGUCCUUCCUCAGAGCCACUCUGGGCUGUCUGAUCUUCGAGGGCUACGGCCAGACAGAGUGCACCGCAGGCUGCACCUUCUCCAUGCCGGGAGACUGGAGCGCAGGUCACGUAGGUGCUCCUUUGCCCUGUGCCAAGGUGAAGCUGGUAGACAUCCCUGAUAUGAACUACUAUGCUAAGAACGGAGAUGGAGAGAUCUGUAUAAGUGGCCCCAGUGUGUUCAAAGGUUACCUGAAGGACCCAGAAAAGACGGCUGAAGCCUUGGACAGUGACGGCUGGCUGCACAGUGGGGACGUGGGCCAGUGGCUUCCAAACGGGACGCUUCGCAUCAUUGACAGGAAGAAGCACAUCUUCAAGUUGUCCCAGGGAGAGUACAUCGCUCCAGAGAAGAUAGAAAACGUCUACACGCGUUGUGUUCCUGUGCUACAGGUGUUCGUGCACGGAGAUAGUUUACAGUCUUAUCUCAUAGGCAUCGUUGUACCUGACCCUGAGGUGUUCGUUGACUGGGCUAAAGACCGAGGGUUUGUGGGAUCCUAUGAAGAGCUGUGCCAGAAUCCUGAUUUAGAGAACGCAGUAUUGGAGGACAUGAAAGCUGUAGGGAAGGAAGCAGGGCUGAAGUCCUUUGAACAAGUGAAGGACCUUUACUUGCAUCCCGAGACGUUCAGCAUCGCCAACGGCCUCCUCACCCCCACACUGAAAAGUAGACGCACUGACAUCCGCAAAACCUUUCAGGAACAAAUAUCAAGCAUGUACAGCAAGACGGCCUUUUGAGGAAUGCCUCACACUAAUUCACACGCAACACAAAGGUUGCAGGUGUUCAAUAAGGGGAAACAAAAAUGGGACAGGGACCCAGGAGAGGAAAAAAUCAAAACCUAUACGUCCAGCAGUGCCUUAUUUUAACAUAUACAACUGUAUAUAAUUUGAAAUAUUGGUAUUUUCCACCUCCUGCACACAUGUGUUAUGUCUUAACUUCACAUGAAAAAUAACAGAUUGGGACCAAACUUUCUUUCUUUUAAAUUCCAAUCUCGCUGUUGUCUGUGUCACCGAUUCAGACUUGUUGUUCACCAGGAGAUUUUACCGAUACAUCAGUUAUUGUAUAGUUGUAGAGCUAAACAUCACACAGGUUAUUAAGAAGCAACCUGCAGAGACGUUAAGUUGGAUAUUCAUUCACACUGCCCUGACUUUCAAAGGGACACUGUUGCUCAUAGAACUUGCGUUAACUGUAGGUUUGUAUUCCACGGUUGUUGGGCCCUUGUAUCACCAUGACGUAAGCUGUUCAUGAACAUUCUGUGUCGUAGGUCGUCGGUUGCGUACUUUUUUCUGGUUCUGAAGGAUUUCAUAAACCAGUGUGAGCAUGUAAUCCAUCACCUGAAAUUAAACCGUUAAAACUAUGAGGUGUCUGAACUGUACAUACUGCUUAUGAGACUCGCUGACAGGACACUACUGACUAAUUCCAGUAAAGUGAAACUGAACAGAAAUAAAGAUUAGUAACCGA